GGAGUUGACCAACGUCAAUUGACAACAAUUCCAUUUAAUCAAUUGAACCACCCGAAACUGCUGUGAUUAUUUUUUUAUUCUGGCUCCCCGCCGUUCAUUAAGAUUUCUAUUGGGUACGAAGUAACAGUAUCGCACAAUGUUUGCCCGCUGCUCUUCAUCGCUCGUACGCCCAUCGGCUCAGGGUUUUCGCCGCUUCCAGAGCACGCUCGUCGUGGCCGAACACAACAAUGAGACGCUGAAUCCGAUCACGGCCAACGCGGUUACGGCGGCGAAGAAGCUCGGCGGUGAUGUGACCGUACUGGUGGCUGGUACAAAGGUUGGCCCCGUUGCGGAUGCCGCUGCCAAGCUGGACGGUGUGAAGAAGGUGCUGGUUGCGGAAGGGGACGCGUACAAGGGCUCGCUGGCCGAAGCACUGACGCCACUUGUGCUGGCCACGCAGGAGCAGCUCAAAUUCACGCACAUCGUUGCUGGUGCGACGGCUUUCGGUAAGGCGGUUCUGCCGCGUAUCGCCGCUAAGCUGGACGUUUCGCCCGUGUCCGACAUUAUUGGCGUCCAGUCGGCCGAUACGUUCGUGCGCACGAUCUACGCCGGCAAUGCGAUCCAGACGGUGAAAUCGAAGGAUCCGGUGAAGGUCAUCACGGUGCGCGGAACGAACUUUGAACCGACCGGAGCGGCCGGUAGUGCGGCAGCUAUCGAGCAAGCUCCGACGGGCGAUUUUGCGAGCAAAACGACCGAGUUCGUCAGCCAGGAGCUCACCAAAUCCGACCGUCCUUCGCUGACGGCGGCGAAGAUUAUCGUGUCCGGUGGACGUGGCAUGAAGUCGGGCGACAACUUCAAGAUGCUGUACGAUCUGGCGGACAAGUGGGGUGCGGCUGUCGGUGCUUCCCGUGCGGCCGUUGACGCCGGAUACGUACCGAACGAUCUGCAGAUCGGACAGACGGGCAAGAUUGUAGCGCCGGAGCUGUACGUUGCGAUUGGCAUUUCUGGCGCCAUCCAGCAUCUGGCUGGCAUGAAGGACUCGAAGACGAUCGUUGCCAUCAACAAGGAUCCGGAGGCACCGAUCUUCCAGGUAGCGGAUUAUGGCCUGGUGGCCGACCUGUUCAAGGUGGUGCCGGAAAUCAACGAAAAGUGCUAACGAACGCACGCACACAAUGCACCGGAGAGUUGAGUGCUCGAAUUCGUACAAUCAGCUGGGCAACUGGGCCGAAAGAUUUGUUAAAGUGUGUGUUGUAUUAGUUGUACAGGCGCAAAAAUUUAGCUACAGUAUAUAACAUAUAUCGGGGGUUCGAAAAACAAACGUAAAAAGGAAACGGUUAUCGGUUGGUCGGUUGGUCCACACGAUGCACCUGCUGCUACUGUUGCGGACACUCCCCGGGUUCACUUCUUCGGUGCAAUAAUUCCUUCCAGUUGGGCCUGCAAGCGAUUGUGUUACCAACAAUCAUCAGAAGACGACACGGUUUUGUCAAUAAAUAAUUCCGUUUUCAUAAAACAAAA